AAAUCCUUUUGAUUUAAAAUCCGAUGUUAAAAACGAAAAUUUAAUUAAUACGCCUGAAGAAGAAACGCUUAAAGUAAUAAUUGAAAAUGGUGUAGACGUCGUUGAGAUAUCUUCCGAACCACAAGAAAAAAAUGUGGAGAAGCUUGAUGUUGAAACAAUUAAAAGACCAGUUAGUAAAGAUUCAACAACUUCAGCUGACUCAGUAGAUACAGUGAUUUUCAGUAAUAAUCAGAUUGUUACUAACCCUGAAGAAGAGUUAAUUCAAGAUAUAAAUCUCAAAAGCAAGGAGGAAACAAAACAAAUUAAAGAAGAACAAGUUAAUGAAGAAAUCACAAGAUAUUUAACGACUAUAACUGAACCUUUGAGAAGAGCUUUUUCUGCUGAAACUCCUUCCACUCCUCAAAAAGACGAUAAAAUGUUAAAAGAGAGAUCGCUUUCGGCACAAGAAACUGAAUCACCAAAAUAUAUUUAUAUUCCUUUAAGACAAUAUUCUGAAGAUGGUGAUAAUUCACCAAAAAAUGAAAUUGAUAAGAAACCAGAUAUUCAAAUUGAACCGAAAAUUGAAAAAGAAAUUAUUAUUUAUUCUCCUAAUAAAGAGAUUUCUGAGAAGUCUAACGGGGCAAUCACUGAAUAUAUCAACUCUAUAAUCGAACCUGUUAAACAAAAAUUUUCCCCUAACGGCGCGGAAUUUGUCUCAAAAAAGCCCACUGUUGUUGAACCUGAAUAUCAAUAUAUUCCUCUCAGAACGUAUAGUGAAGAUAAAGAAAAUUUAUUGAACGCAGCGAAUGGAAAAAGUUAUCAAGAAAGCGUAGAACAUCAUCUAAAAAAUGGGGUGGAAAAAAAAACUGUUUCGGAACAAAUCGAUGAUAUACUUCAAGAGGCGAAUCAAGUGGUUGGACAUGAUAAAGUUUCUAAUCUUGAUUCCUCAAAGUUUGAGUCUAAUGAUUCAAGAAAUAAAAGAGAAGUGAGUUUUAAUGAAGAUAAGAAAGAAUCUGUAUGUGAUGAAAAAAUUUCUGUAAAUAAUUUUACUAAGAAAGAUAUUGAAGAAUCAAAAUUAAAUAAAGUUGCUGAUACCAUCAAAUCUGAUCCACAAGAAAAAGAAAAUUCUUUAAACUUAAAUGAAUUACAUAAAGGAGAUAUUCAAGAGGAACUUCUAAAAGAAAAUCAAUCAGAAAAAACUAAUAUUGAAGAAAAGAAUAAUGUUACAAAAAAUAAAGCUAAAGUUGAAGUUGAAACUGAGGAAUCCGCAAGUUCAAAUGAAAUAAGUAAGAAUGAAGAAAACUUAAUUCAAGAAAAUGGUGGUGGGAAAGAAAUUAAGCACCCUAAAGACGAUUUAAAUGAAAAUAAUGUCAAUGUAGCAAUUAAAGAGUCUAAAAAGAUGGAAAGUAAACAAUCUACGGAUAAAUCAAGUUUUUUAGAAGUUUCUCAAGUACAAGAAUUACAAAAUAAUUCUAAACUCACUGAAAAUUGCUUGAAAAACGCUCCGAAAACAGAAAUUAUUAAAGAUGUAUUUGAAUCAGAUGCAAAUCUGAUUCAUCAUAACAUGGAACCACAAAUUACAUCUAAAGAAAAAGCUGAAAAAGAUCAAGGAGAAAAAUUAAAUACGGAUCAAUCUGUUAAAAAAGAAAAUAAACUUUCAGAAAGUGAUCUAAAAUUAAAUAAUCAAGAUAUUAAAUCAACUUCAGAAACUUGCAAAAGCAAUUUAGAAACUGGUGAACUUUCAACAGAUGAUACUCUUGAUAAUAUAGCCUUGGAUAGUUUAGAAAGUGAAAGUUUUCCGAUAAAUACUACGCAAGAUGAAAUAACCAAAAUGGGCAAAGAACCUUUAUUGCAAGAUUCAGGCAUGAAGGAUGGGGUAAUACAAGGUUCCCAAGAUCUUAAUGAAGGUGAUGUUAAAAAAACUGAACUACAAAAUUCGAAUUAUGAUGAUGAUUUGUCAAAAAAGUUUAAAUCAAUGCAUGACGUAGAUGAUGUUGUACAUCUAUCUAAUGCUGAGAAAGCUACGGAAGUGGAUACCAAAUCACAAAAAGAAGGAGAGGAGUUGAAGAUGGAGAAAAACGAAGUGAUAAAGAAUGAUAAAUUAAUCCAUGAUGUAGUUUCUGCUGCAGAAAAUCUUAAAAACGAUGUACAGUUAUCUAAUGGUGAGAAAGUAACGGAAAUGGAAUCACAAAAAGAUGGCGAAUUGGAAUUGGGAAAAAUCGAAAAAACUCCAGCUCAAGAUUCAAAUGAUGGCGAAUCAUCAAAGAGUGAUAAAUCAAUUCAUGAUGUAGUUUCUUCUUCAGGGAAUGUUAAUAAUGAAGUUGUACAGUUAUCUAAUACUGAAAAAGCAGUGGAAGUGGACAUUAAAUCACAAAAAGGAGACGAAAUGAAAUUGGAAAAAAACGAAAAAACUCCAGCUCAAGAUUCAAAUGAUGGAGAAUCAUCAAAGAGCGAUAAAUCAAUUCAUGAUGUAGCUUCUUCUUCAGGCAACGUUAAUAAUGAUAUUAUAAAGUUAUCUAAUACCGAGAAAGUAGCGGAAAUGAAAUCACAAAAAGAUGGCGAAUUGGAAUUGGGAAAAAACGAAAAAACUCCAGCUCAAGAUUCAAAUGAUGGCAAAUCAGUAAAGAGUAAUAAAUCAACUCACGAUGUAGAUUCUUCUACAGAAAACCUCAAUAAUGAUGUUGUACAGUUAUCUAACAUUGAGAAAGCAGCGGAAGUGGACAUUAAAUCACAAAAAGGAGAUGAAUUGAAAUUGGAAAAAAAAGAAAAAACUCCAGCUCAAGAUUUAAAUGAUGGUGAAUCAUCAAGAAGUAAUAAAUCAACUCAUGAUGUAAUUUCUACUACUGACAACAUUAAUAACGAUGUUAUACAGUCAUCUAACACUGAGAAAGCAACAGAAGUGGAAACUAAAUCACAAAAAGGAAACGAAUUGAAAUUUGGAAAAAAUGAAGAAACUCCCGCACAAGAUUUAAAUGUUGGCGAAUCAUCAAAGGAUAAUAAAUCAACUCAUGAUGUAGAUUCUUCUACAGAAAACGUCAAUAAGGAUGUUAUACAGUCAUCUAACACUGAGAAAGCAACAGAAGUGGAAACUAAAUCACAAAAAGGAAACGAAUUGAAAUUGGGAAAAAAUGAAGAAACUCCAGCUCAAGAUUCAAAUGAUGGCAAAUCAUCAAGGAGUGAUAAAUCAACUCAUGAUGAACUUUCUUCUACAGAAAACGUUAAUAAUGAUGUUAUAGAGUUAUCUAAUACCGAGAAAGCAACGGAAGUGGACACUAAAUCACAGAAAGAAGAUGAAUUAAAAUUGGAAAAAAACGAAAAAACUCCAGCUCAAGAUUCAAAUGAUGGCGAAUUAUCAAGAAGUAAUAAAUCAACUCAUGAUGUAAUUUCUACUACAGACAACAUUAAUUACGAUAUUAUACAGUCAUCUAACAUUGAGAAAGCAGCGGAAGUGGACGCUAAAUCACAUAAAGGAGAGGAAGUAAAAUUGGAAAAAAACGAAGAAACUCCAGCACAAGAUUCAAAUGAUAAAUUAAAUGAUGACUUAGUUUCUUCUACAAAAAACGAAAAACAUAACACCAAAUUAUGUAACAUAGAAAAAGCUGGACAAAUAAACGACGAGACUCAAAAAGAUGACUUGAAGUUGGAAAAGGUUGAAAUGAUUCCUUGUGAAAGUUCUGAUAAUAGGAAUGAAUCACCAAAAAAUGAUGAACCAAUCCAUGAUAUACUUUCUUUAAAAAAACAUGACACAAAAUUAUCUAAUGUAGAAAAAACACAACAAGAAGAAUUGUAUUCUGAAAAAAUUGAAUUGCCAAACCAAAAUGAAUCAACCCAUCAUUUGACCACAACUGAUAUAAUUUCAACUCAGGACCGAAAAGGCGAUGAUGAAUUAUCAAAGAAAAAAGGUGUAAAUGAAACGGAACAAGAUACAAAUACAGACGAAAUAGAUGGCGGAAACAAAAACAAGAAAAAUGAAUCUAAUGAUGGAAUCUUGAAUAAUGAUAAACCAGAACAUUUAAAAAAGGAAGAUAAAACCUCUGAAAAAAUUAAUGCUUCAAAAGUAGAUGUUGCCGAAGAAGCCCAAGAAUUAACCAAGGAAAUUAAUGGAAAAAGUAAAAUCAAUGAAACAGAAGAAAAUAAAUCGAAAUCUGAUGGAGAAAACAGAAUUGCUGUUACGCCAAAUAAUAAAUCCCAUGAUAUACAGUUGCAAAAUGAUAAUACGCAAAAAAUUGAAUAUAUUGAAUUAAGAAAGGACAUUGAAUCAAAUGAUACAGAAAAUAAAAAUAAAAGUGACAAAAAAGAUGAAACCAAUUCGAUUAAAGCAAACCAAUCUUCUGACAGCAAUUUAAAUAUAAAUACUGAAGGCUUGGAAAAAAUCAAUGUUAAAAUAGAGGGUAAAGAUAAAAUAUUAAAAUCCACGUUGCAGGAUCCUCUAACUCUUAAAGAAAACCAAAAUAUCAAAGAGAAUCAAAUAAAUACAAAGAAUGCAAGUUUAAAUGCAGAUAGUAAAUCUGAGUCUAACAUACGAAAUCGCAAAGAAAUAACAACCAAACAACCAUCAACUCUUGAAUCUGUUUCGGAAGAUGCUGAUAUCGGAGAAAAUGAGUUAAAAUCCAGCAAUAAUAAUUCUGAAUCGAGCAUGGAUCAUGGAACCACAAAUUUAUAUAUGUCAACUUUUAAAGCACCUACUUUUCCAAUUUCUAAUGGUAAUAUAACAGAUAAUUACAAAAUAUAUAAAUUGGAACAUCUUGGAUUUGGUGAAGAUGUAGAGGGAAGAAAAUCAAUAAGUCCUACCGAAGUAAAUUGUUCUACUUCAAGGUCAUUACCUUCAUUACCAGAAGAAGACACGCAACCAGACGAUGUAAUAAAAGAAACAGAUUCAGUAUCAGAGUCAAAGUCGGAGCCGUUUUAUUUACAUCGUCAGGGUGAUUCACCAAAACUGAUAGCUUCGAGCGAUCAAGAAAAAGCUUUUUCAAAAGCUUUCCAAAAAGCGAAUGGUAUAAAAUAUGAUUCAGUCCCAAUUAGAGGAAACUUGGGAAGUUCUGGGUCAUCGACCGAAGAGCUAAAUUGUGAAUCAAAUAUUGAUUCGAGACAUAAUAAACCAUCAUCACCUCAUCCAUCAGUUCAAUGCAACAUCUCUGUGGUUGAUGGUUCUUCACCUACAUCGGCUCUCCCUUUGGCAUUGGAAAUGAGCCAAUCAGCAGCAGGUGCUGCGUUCGUGACGGGAACGACUUUAUCUGGCGCGCAAGCGCAAAAUUGUGCUUCAGCCCGAGAUCAAGCGGAUAUCGAUCAAAACGAACAUCAGCAGCGCGCUGAAUCGGUCGUCGUCAUGGAUACGGUCAAACGCAACAAUUCCUCCAUCAUUAAGAAGACACCGGAACAGCAGGCUGCGACAAAGAUUCAGGCGAGCUUCAGGGGAUACCAAGUCAGGAAGAAAUUGAAGAAUAAGACUAUUUCGCCUAAAUCAAACGGGAUAAAAAGAAUUUGUCGACGUAAAAGUUCUGGAAGAAUGGAUCCGAAUAAAAACUCCAAUAAGAAACCAACCGAUCUUGAACAACAAUCUGCCACUAAAAUCCAAGCGGGCGUUCGAGGGUUUUUGGUAAGAAGAAGGCAAAAGAAGAACAAAUCUGUUCCGGAAUCCCCAUGAAUAACAUAAAAAUAAAUUAUAAAAAUAAAAAAAGUUAAAAAAAUAUUUUAUAAAAGAUGGCAGGAAUUAAUUGUUAUUAUAACCAUUUAUUUUUUAAUUCGUCUCUAGUCUCAAAACUUUAUAAAAAUCCAUAUUUUAAUCUUCUUAGAACGGUAUUAAUAAUUAAUACAAUUAAAUUGGUAUUAAGGUAAUUUACUUAGAGAUAUUCUUACCAAGCUAUUUAUAAUUCAUAAAUUUUAAAGUUAGCAUGUAUCGUUAGCUCGUUUAUAAAUGUGGCUUAUAAUAAAGUGUUUUUCUGAGUACAUUAAA